UCAAAUCAAUGUUUUGAAAAUGUUCUGCUAGUAUCCUAGAGGUUGCCCAACGGCAAAGGCAAUCAAACUACAUUUAAUUACAGUAACUAACUAUGGACUAUUAAAGCGACAUAAGAAGACAUACCUGAUACUGUUAUUUUAAAAAUAAUGUGUUCAAACUUGGGGUGGGGGUCACUUUCAAAACAAUGAUUGACAUGAAAUUAUAGCUUGGUCGGUCAGUUACAGUGACAGCGACUAUGUGUUCCAUGACCAGUCUGCAUUCGUGGCUCAGUCCUCUGAUUCGGGGAGGUAAAUUUAAUAAAGUCUGGAGCCUUUUCACCUGCAAACCUAGAGGAUUGAUCUACUUAACGGAUACACGUCGUUUCACAAUAGUAAAGGACCCUUCCAGCUCCACUGUGGAAUUCAACUCUCGUAAUAAGAAAUACAGAAGUCUGGAGAGGUCUUUCAAGAGAAGAUUAAGGGCCAUAUACCAGAGGUUCUCCGAAGGCCCUGACAAUACAACGAUCCAGGGGCUUAACCACGUGUACUUCAUGGAGGGGGAUGGCAUCUAUAGAAUGGACACCAGGCAGGGUGACCCAGAGCCAGAAAAGGUGUUGUGUCUGGACUCUGUGGGGAAGGGAGAUUGGAGCCUCCAGAGGUUGCGUCUCUCCCCCAAUGAGCAUGCCCUGGCAGCCACAGUGAAGACCCCCCACAGAGAGGAGGCCAGGUGUGUCCUGGUCAAGCUAGGAGACAGAGAACCUUCCCUGGACCCACCUCAACCUCUACUCACCAUUGACAAGGUUUUCAGCGUCGAAUGGGCUACAGAUGACAUCCUAUUCUACAGCAGUCAGCAGAAACUCCAGUGUCACCAUGUGUUCCGUCUGGACCUGACUGCCACUGGGACCAGAAGCACCCUGGUCUACCAGGAACAGCAGCCUGAUGUGUUUGUUGAGGUGAGUCUUUCCAGAGACCAGAGGCUGGUGCUUGUUAACUGCAGCAGUAAGAGGAGCUCUGAGGUGUGGCUGAUUGACAGCGCCAAGCCCCUUAUGGAGCCCACCCUGGUCCAGGCCCGCCUCCCUGAGCUGCUGUACCAUGUAGAGCACUCCCACGGCCAGCUGUACAUCUUGGCCAACACUGGACCUGGACAAGAGUAUCAGGUGUUGAGGGCACCUCUCUCAUCCCCCUCCAUCAAACACUGGGUCCCAGUGUGUAGCCCUGGUCCUGGGACAGCUGUGAAGGACAUGGAGGUGCUCCAGGACCACUGUGUGUUGGCCAUUAGGGACCCCUCAGGCCUGCUAGCACUCCAGGUGGUCCCACUAUCUCAGCCAGCAACCACAUCCACCCUGCAGCUGCCACCGUGGGCCUGUGCCAUAGAGACCAAGAGGGCUGGGCUGACGGAGGGUGGCUGGUUGGAGUUCCUCCUGUCGUCUCCAGUCCACCCCCCUGUCCUGUACCGCUACUCCCCCAGGGAGUACAGGCUCCUCUUACAGGAGGACACAGAGGAACACAGAACCCCCCAGGAGUAUCAAACCACCCGACUAGAGGCCCCCAGCCAGGACGGUACCAUGGUGCCACUGACUCUCUUCCACAGACCUAUGCUGGAGGAGCUGAGGGGGGCUCCAUUGCUGGUGCAUGUGUAUGGAGCCUAUGGCAUGGACCUUAACAUGGACUUCAGCCCAGACAGAAGACUGCUGCUUGAGGAUGGCUGGGCUCUGGCCUACUGCCAUGUCAGGGGUGGAGGUGAGCGUGGCCUGGGCUGGCAUAGACAGGGUCGUAUGGAGGGCAAACCGAGAGGAGUGGAGGACCUGGCUGCCUGUAUCCAAAGGCUCUAUGACCUGGGGGUGUCGAGACCCUCUCUGACCGCCCUCACCGCUCGCAGCGCUGGGGCCGUACUGGUGGGGGCGCUAUGCAACCUACACCCCCACCUCAUACGAGCUGUCACACUACAGGCACCUUUCCUUGAUGUGCUGGGCACUAUGCAGGACCCCAGUCUACCCCUGACGCUGGAGGAGAGGGGGGAAUGGGGCGACCCCAUGUCAGACCCCUGCCAAAGGGACACUAUUGCCUCCUACUGCCCCUGUCAUAACAUUACACCUCAGCACUACCCCUCCAUGCUGCUCACAGCCUACAUAGAAGACAACAGAGUGCCUGUAGCCGGAGUACACAAGUACGAGGAGAGACUUCAGGAAGCAGUUCACACACACCUCAAUGGUCACCCUGUAUCUGAAUCUGAGCCCACACCCAGUGUCAUUCUGGACCUUCAACCGGGAGCAGACCACUUUGGCCCAGGGGACUUUGAACUGUCUCUGACUGAGAGUGCUCGACAGCUGGCCUUUCUCCACACAGAGCUGGGCCUGAACCAGCAGAAGACCAAAAACAGGCGGAAGGAGAACUCAUCAGAGCCAUAUAGAGAUACAUGUGUGGUUGACCCACGGGGGAUUGAGUAAAAUAAAAUAUUGGGGGUAUG